AUGCAUACAUUUUUCAACAUAACCAAUGAAGAACGUCAAGCAAUCUUUGAUAUUCUAGUGGUAAGAAGUGAUAAUGGGAAGGUAACUGGUGCUUUGUUCAAAGAAAUUGAAGAAUCAUUCUUUGUUUGUGACAAAACUGUUCGUAGGAUUUGGGAUCAAGGGUUAGCUUGUGUUUAUAAUGGGUCCAUGGUUGAUGUAUCAUCCAAAUUGCAAGGAAGAGUUGGUCGGAAACGAGUUCAAAUCAAUGCGAACCAGUUCACUAGUGUUCAUUAUCGUCGAAGAUCAAAUAUUCACUCACUGUCAGCGACCUUAAAGGUUGCAAAGUCUACACUUCAUAGGCGAAUCAAAGAAGGCGUAAUUCGGCCACAUACGAAUGCUUUGAAGCCGUAUCUCUCGGAAGAAAGUAAGAAAGCAAGACUUCGAUUUUGCUUAUCAAUGCUUGAGCCAAAUACUCUUGAAGCACAACCGAUGUUCAAAAACAUGUACGACUAUGUGCAUAUUGACGAGAAAUGGUUCUACAUGUCCCAUGAAUCAGAGCAGUAUUAUCUUCUCCCCGAAGAACCCGAGCCGCACCGUACUUGCAAAAGUAAGCGAUUCAUAACCAAAGUCAUGUUUUUGGCAGCAGUUGCUCGACCUCGCUUUGAUGCAAAUCGAAAUCCAAUUUUUUCUGGCAAGAUUGGAAUUUUUCCUUUCACCUAUAAAGAACCUGCCAAGAGAAGUAGCAAAAAUAGAGCAGCUGGUACGUUGGAAACGAAGGCCAUUACGGCGGUAACCAAAGAAAUUACUCGUUCGUGCUUGAUAGAAAAAGUCCUACCUGCUAUUAGAUCCAAAUGGCCACGUUCGGCAGCAGUGGAGACCAUCUAUAUACAACAGGAUAAUGCAAGACCACAUAUUCAUGGAUCGGAUCCCGAAUUUCUUGAAGCUGCAAGUCGAGAUGGAUUUGAUAUGCGCUUAUCGUUUCAACCUCCAAGUAGUACGGAUAUGAAUGUUUUGGAUCUUGGGUUCUUUAGGUCGAUUCAAUCAUUGCAACAUCAACAAGCGCCGUUAACUAUUGACCAACUUGUUGAUGCCGUAGAGAAAUCCUUCGAAGAAUUGUCACUAGAUAAUCUCAAUCGUGUGUUUUUAUCAUUGCAAGCUUCCAUGAUUGAGGAAAUGAAAGUUUAUGGAGAUGACAACUACAAAUUACCACACAUCGAAAAAAGCCAUCUCAUUAGAGACGGCACUCUCCCUACGCAACUUCAUUGUGACCAUGCUAUUGUGGAAAAUGCACUACUUCAUUUGCAUCAAUGAGCUCAUUCAUGGUUAAAUUUCCACUGAAGCUUUUGUAAAGUUUGUCUCUAAGAGCUGCUUUAAUGGACUUGCUCAAACUCAUGUUCUUUUGUGAAAUCAUGGAAAGCUAAUGGCAGUGGACUAUGGAAUGGAGUUAAAUGGACUAUGUUGUUGUCUUCUUUUGUUUUUGCUAUUUUAUGAAAUCAUGAAAAGUUAAUGGCAGUGGACUAUGGACUAUGGAAUGGAGUUAAAUGGACUUUGUUGUUGUCUUCUUUUGUUUUUGUUGCUUUUGAUUUUCUGCCAUAGUUGUUGUAUAUCUUCACUUUUGAUAAUGGAAUGAAGCUUUACCUAUGAAUCUCAGCCAGUUCAAUUU